GCCGGAAGCCCAGCGCGGAGCGGGUUGAGCCGUGUCCCCCUGUUGUGCCGCCCACGGAGAGGUGCAAUAAUGCAGGAAAACCUCAGGUUUGCUUCUUCGGGAGAUGAUGUUAAAAUAUGGGAUGCGUCAUCUCUGACACUGGUGGAUAAAUUCAAUCCACACACAUCACCACAUGGAGUCAGUUCGCUGUGUUGGAGCAGCAACAACAACUUCCUAGUGACAGCAUCUUCCAGUGGUGACAAAAUUGUUGUUUCAAGUUGUAAAUGUAAACCUGUUCCACUUCUAGAGCUUGCUGAAGGGCAAAAGCAGACAUGUGUCAGUUUAAAUUCUACAUCUAUGUAUUUGGUAAGCGGAGGCCUGAAUAGCACCGUUAAUAUUUGGGAUUUAAAAUCAAAAAGAGUUCAUCGAUGUCUCACGGAUCAUAAAGAUGAAGUAACUUGUGUAACAUACAAUUGGAAUGAUUGCUAUGUUGCUUCUGGAUCAUUAAGUGGAGAAAUCAUUUUGCACAGUGUAACAACUAAUAUAUCUAGUACUCCUUUUGGCCAUGGCAGUAACCAGUCUGUUCGUCACCUGAAGUAUUCCUUUUUUAAGAAGUCAUUGCUGGGCAGCGUGUCAGAUAAUGGAGUGGUGACUCUGUGGGAUGUGAAUAGUCAGAAUUCCUACCAUAACUUUGACAGUGCACAUAAAGCCCCAGCUUCAGGCAUCUGCUUUUCUCCUGUCAAUGAACUGCUGUUUGUAACCAUAGGCUUGGAUAAAAAAAUCAUUCUCUAUGACACUUCAAGUAAGAAGCUAGUGAAAACCAUUGUGGCUGAUACUCCUCUCACUGCAGUAGAUUUCAUGCCUGAUGGAGCCACUUUGGCCGUUGGAACUUCCCGUGGGAAAAUAUAUCAGUAUGAUUUAAGGAUGCUGAAGUCACCCGUUAAGACCAUCAGUGCUCACAAGACAUCUGUCCAGUGUAUAGCAUUUCAGUAUUCUACUGCUCUUAGUAAGUCAAGUUUAAAUAAAAGUAGUUCAAACAAGCCCCCGGCAGUGAACAAACGAGCUGUUAAUGUGAACAGUGCUAACGGAGGAGUUCCGAAUUCUGGAAUUGUCAGGGAAUCACCGGCCGCUUCCAUUGCCAUGGUCCUACCACAGCCCAUGACCACAGCCGUAGGGAAAGGGACCAGUGCUGCUCAGGAGAAAGCAGGUUUGUCUCGAAACGUAAGCACAGAUAUAUCACCUAGAGAAGCGGAUAGUGGGAGGCAUCAGGAUCUCUCCAGCUUGGACGACACCGGGAAGAGCAGCUUGGGCGACAUGUUCUCACCCAUCCGAGACGAUGCUGUAGUUAAUAAGGGAGGUGAUGAGUCCUUAACCAAAGGAGAUGGACUUGACUUUCUACCACAGUUGAACUCGGUGUUUCCUCCAAGAAAAACACCAGUGGCUGUAGGCAGUUCAGUAUUACAUUCUAGUCCUCUUAAUGUUUUUAUGGGAUCUCCAGGGAGAGAAGAAAAUGAAAACCAUGAUCCUACGGCUGAGUCUAAGAAAACGUAUUUGGGAAAACAGGAACCUAAAGACUCAUUCAAACAGUUUGCAAAGUUGAUCUCCCCUGGUGCUGAAACUGGAAGUGUAAAUACUUCUCCGUUAUCUAACCAAACAAGAAAUGUGGAGAAAUUUGAAAAGCCUGAGAAAGAAAUGGAAUCCCAGUUGAUAUAUGAACCCCCAGUGAAUGGAUCUUCAACUCCAAAUCCAAGAGUCGCCUCCGCUGUCACUGCCGGAGUUGCCAGUUCACUCUCAGAAAAAAUAGCUGAUACCAUCGGAAGCAGUCGGCCAAAUGCACCUUUGACAUCUGUUCAAAUCCGUUUCAUUCAGAACAUGAUACAGGAAACACUGGAUGACUUUAGAGAAGCAUGCCAUAGGGACAUUGUGAAUUUGCAAGUUGAGAUGAUUAAGCAGUUUCAUAUGCAGUUGAAUGAAAUGCACUCUUUGCUGGAAAGAUACUCGGUGAAUGAAGGUUUAGUGGCUGAAAUUGAAAGACUACGAGAAGAAAACAAAAGACUGCGGGCCCAUUUUUGAAAUUUCACUGAAUGCCUUAAUGUUUUAUAAUUUAUGCAGUUCUGAUUGACACAGAACUACACAGAAUAAGUGUUGAUUUCAUGACCUCUAGAAGGAAUUUUUUUUCCCAAGUAAAAGUUGAUAGGACUAUACUACAACUGCUAUUUCAUUUCUUUGUUAAAACAUUUAUAUUUUUAUAUUAAAAGCUGGACAAUAAUAAAUCAUUUACCUAAAAGGAAAGUAAACAGGAUCUUUAUUUCCUGAAAGCUUUAACUAUACACUAAGUGCCCUUUUUCCUAAAACAAGAAAAUUGUGCAGAAAAAUAGGUUAUGCUUUUUAACCACUUCUUUUGUAUCAGAUGUAUUUUUUGAUUGACGAAUUGCCUUCUAAAUUUUGGGCAUAGUUGAAGUUUGAAGAGUUUGAUAUUUCUUCUAUUUUUAUAGGGAUGAUAAUUUUAAAAUGGCAAUUGGUAUUUUAAGCCAUUAAUAAAGCACAGUGUUGGCUAGUAAUUAUUUCAUUAACUUCAUGAGGUCAAGUUAGGACUGUUAUUUACUAACUGUGAUAUUCUGUAUUCUGUCUUUUACAUGUGUUGCUUUGUGAUACUUCUCACAACCCUGUAUUCCUGGUUGGUAUUCUUCUGUUAGCUCUACCUGUUAAGUCUCUAGGGUUUGUAAGGGUCAACAAGACAAACGUAUUCUCUCAGUACCUCACCAGUUCAUAACAUGGAAAAUUAUACUAUAACACGCCCACCAAUAUGACUCAAUCAGUGAAAUUUUCAUGUAAUAUAUUAAAUGUCACAGUAUUACUAUCAUUUUUCUCCCAACUAUGAAGUGUAGAUUGUUUUGUUUUGUGGUUUCUGUCAUUAACUUUCUCUAAUGCUUUGUAUGCUGUGCAUAUUUUUAUUUUAUUAGCCUUACCAUAAAAUUAUUUAUGAAGACUAAUUAUCAGAGGAACUUAUACCUCUUUGGCAGUGGAUGGCUGGGAACGUCUGUCUGGUGUGAUCUGUAAUUAUAGGGGUGUGCGUUGAAGACGCCUACUGACUUGUUUGCUUUCUUAUUGUCUGUUGUUCCAAAGAUUUGAACUUUGUACCUUGUAUAUCGCUCUCUAGUCCAGUCUUGACUUUUGGGAGAAAAAUUGCUAAAAUAAAUAAGUAAAUAAAAUAGUUUAGCUUACUAACUUUAUGCCUUUCCAAAAUAAUGGAAAAUUUUAAGGCUGCAUUUAAUAAGCAUAAAUAUCCUAAUAAUUUCUUUUGAAAUUGAAUCAGGAACAUUACUUUGUUUCUAGUGUGUCCCAGAGAACACAUUUGCGUUGAAGCAUAUAGAGGUGCUAAUGUAAUCUUUGCCUGGCAAUUAAGAAAGCGUUUUGACUUGCAGCAAGUUUUUUUAAAUACAUCAAUCAACACGUUUAGAAGGCACAAAUAUUGAAUUUCACCAAUAUGCUGUAUUUAAAUCUUUUAAUAUUUUCUUAUUGCCUUUCCUAUAAAGAUACAUAAUGUGUAUCAAAGAAGGUAAGAUAAGUGCAACAGUAUUUUUAUGUGUAUAUAUGAAACAUUUUUGUCUUGUACUUAAAAGCUGAGUAAGUACAAAAAUAAAAUUUUGAUGUGUGAAAAAUAAUGAAGUUGAAAUUGGACUUUUAUCUAUAAC